AUGGGCCAACUCAUACAGCACAUCAAUGAGCACAUCCGAGUAGAGGAUGAUGCGGCAGUAUCCACCGCGAAAACAACUUCGGUGGCAACAGACAAGAGGUCGGCUGGCAAGGUACACGCGGUCGGACAGGAGACUAACCGUCCAAAUGAUCGCGCCGAGGAUUCUGACCGAGGAUCAAAUCGUCGAAACCGGGAAAGGGGUCGUCGUAAUGACCGAGAUGAAUACCCCCGCGAUGACGUAGCUGAUGCCAACAGCGACGCACAAAAGGGUUUCAAUCCACGGUACCGCUGCACAUAUCACCAGGAGCAAGGACACCAGACAGAGGACUGUUUGCCUCUGAAGCAACACUUGGAGGAGUUAGUCACAGCCGGACACUUGGAUCUUUACAUUGACGGGGGUGUUAAGGCCGCACAUCCUACCCCGGCUGAUCAGCAUGGACCGGAUGACUUGGAGGCGCUCCCUCAAGGAGUGGUUAAUGUGAUCCAUGGCAUAGUGGAGCCGGCGCAUGUAUGCGAGCUUCGAGGGAUGAUUAAAAAGGCAGAACACAUGAGGGAAGCGUUAUCGGUCCAGCCGGUGAUCAAAAGGGGCAAGACCGAGGAGAAAGACGUGAUUAGUUUCUCCACGAGGGACCUAGAGCGCAUUCAAACGCCACACAACGACGCCCUAGUGGUCACACUCCGUGUCAAAAAAUUUGAUGUCAAGCGCAUCCUGAUCGACCAAGAAAGCUCGGUCGAGAUCAUGUACUACGGCACGCUCAAACAACUCAAACUCUGA